UAAAAAAAUAUUUUAAAACACAUUAUACAGAUUUUUAUAGUAAUGUAGUCAUCGGUAAGUACCGUGGGCUUAUAUUUUAUACAGCUGAUAAGUGUUGAUGUACAUUCAUUGCUAUAUUGGCUAUUACGUCAAAAUUACAUACCAAUUUUCAGCGUUGCCACGGGCUCUUGCAGAAUGAUGCACGGCAGCGACAUGCGCUCGCAUGUCGAAUAGAUGACAAUGUGUCAUUGUCAAGUGUGUUUUGAUUUUUGUAAAUUGGUCCACAACAAUUCUCAAUAUCAACGGCCUAAGUGCAUAUCCACAAUAACGGACACAGUUGAACCACUUUAAUUUUAAAUUAAUUUAGUGAUUUUUAGUGUAUUAAAUGAAUACAGAAAUGCUUAUCGAAUUAGUUCGCGAACGAUCUUCCUUAUACGACAUGAGUGAUAAAAAAUAUAGUGACCAUCCCUAUAAAGAAUCAUUAUGGAAAGAAAUUUCUAGUGAAAUCAAUCAACCCGUUCAAACUUGCAAAAAAAUGUGGACUAGUCUGAGGGAUGGGUAUAGAAGAGCUGCUAAAAAAUCAAUUACAGUAUCAGGACAAAAAAACAAAUUUGUAAAAAAGUGGAAGUAUGCUGAUGAAAUGGAAUUUUUAAAACCCCAUAUAAAGGAAAGAGAUUCCAUAAGCAACAUAGACGAAGUAAGUGACGACGAUGACGAUUUAUUCCAUUAAGAGGAAGAGGAAAUUCAAGUGGGGGGUAAUAAUGAAACUUCGAUUGCGUUUGAAAACUCUACUCAAAAUUUAGAAACAUCAUUUAGUACACAAACUCCAGUUCAACCACGACAAAAAAAAUGAAAAAAACCAAUUCAUUAAAACCACCCGAGACUGCAUCAACUACUCUUAUGAAGUACAUUAUCGAACAAAAAAAUGCCGAACAAUCAAACCGAAAAAAAAGCGAAUUUGAUGCUAUGGACUAAUUUUUUUUGUCAAUUUGUUCAACAGUUAAACAGUUCUCACCAUAUUUACAGCAUCAUGCAAAAACCAAAGUUUUUCAAAUUAUUUCUGAGUUAGAAUUAAAACAGUUAAGACAAAAUCAAACACUAUCACAAUCUGCAACUACUUCUAACCAGGACUCUUUACAACAACUGCAGUCACAAACACAAACCGUUCCUAAUGUACUUCAACGAAAUCAUUUGCCAAAUUUUCCAAACAAUCGACCAAUGACACAAACCUCAAAUCACAUAGAAAUUCCUGAUCGUCCAAACGCCACCAACACUGCAAGUCCAAAUCAAUUUAAUAUAUUUGAUUAUACAACUGGUAAUUAUUACUAUACGAAACCUGGUGAUAUGUAGCUAAUAGCUAUUGUUAAAUUUUUCUAAAUUUGCACU